AUGACUGCCUCAAUCCGCUCCUGGCUCGGCAUUCCCUACGCCACAGCCAAACGCUUCCAGCGCCCUGUCCUGCAGCCCUUCAACCCAAGCCAAUCUUUCGACCGUCUCGGCCCUGCACCAUUACAAGCCGGCGACCCCAGCUGGCUCAAUCCCGAAGCCGGGCUCAGUGAAGACUGCCUGAACCUGAACGUGUGGGCUCCCGCAGCGGCAACUGAAACUCCCCUACCUGUGAUCGUCUACAUCUACGGCGGUGGGUUUGAAUAUGGCUCGAACACCUCGGCUACGUCGGACGCGUCGGGCCUGGCCCGCACCGGCCGCGCUGUUGGUGUUUCCCUGAACUACAGACUGGGCCCGCUUGGCUGGCUCUCGCUGUCCCAGUACGGCGGCGUGUUCGCGGACGCGACGAACCUUGGGCUGCAGGACAUGAUCGCGGCGCUGAAGUGGGUGCAGACAAAUAUUAGCCACUUCGGGGGCGACCCGGGCAAUGUCACAGUGGCAGGGCACAGCGCGGGAGCGUACUCAACGACCGCGCUCAUCGCUGCGCCGGCCGCCAGAGGCCUCUACAAGCGCUUCGCGGCGUUCUCGGGUGGUGCGUCGCGGAUUGUGCCGGUGUGGUGGGCCGAGGAACUCGCAGUCAAGUUCCUCGCCGCACUCGACAUAGCGGAUGACCCUGAGCAACUGUUGUCCCUGGACGCAAAGUUGCUCGCGGACACGCUCAUCAAAAUCAGUCCGCGCGACAUUGGCGAUCGACAUGGCGUAGACAACACGACCAUCGGCAUUGUUGACGAUCGUCUCCAGCCCGGAGCCGUUCUCGCCAGCACGCCGCUGGAAGUCCUCCAGUCUGGGGACCGCCGCGACAUCGACGCCCUCUUCAGCACGACCUCGCACGAGGCCGACUGGUGGGUUCUCAACGCACCCGCGGCGUUCGACCCCGGCAGCAUACACGCCCUGGUCGACGAGCUGGUUGCGAAGUCCCGCAUCCCCCGCAGCCGCGCCCAGCGCAUCGUGGCCGCAUACAAUGUCAACGGUCGUACGCCACUCGAGGUCCGCGGCGCACUGCUCACAGACUACUUCUUCACGUUGCCAGCCACCCGCGCCGCACUUGCACACGCUGCGGCAGGCGGCAACGCGCGGCUGCUGACUAUCGGACCUGCUGAAGGCGCGCCUGCAGUGCAUGGCACGGAGAUGUACGGCAUUGUGGGCCAGGAGCGGCCUGGUCGCUCUGAGGAGCAAGCCGUCCGAGACGCGUUUGUGUGUAACGCGCUCGUCGACUAUGCAGAAGGCAAUUACGGAGGGCUCUGGCAGACAGUGACCGCCGAGCCCGUCGUACAGGGCAUCGGCAAUCUGCCAUUCGACCCUAGUGAUCGAUCUGCUGAGGUUCUACGAAUUUUUGAAAAUGUUGUAAGAACAUAG